CUUCAAGGAGAAACUCUUUUGCUAAUUCUACCCACCAAACUCAAAACAAAAAUCCCUUUCAAUCCCAUUUCUCCAUUCUCCUUCCUCCAUUGAAAUCCCCAGAAAAAAAAUGCGUUUUCAAUCCCUCUAGUUUAGACGAUUUAAUGCUUGUAGGACCGUCCCUGAAGUUACAAGCGACGAUGGCGACCCGAAUUUCCGAUACCCAGAAUCAAUAAACAGAAGCAACAGCAACCGUAGCUAAGAAAACGAUUCAUUUUCUGAUCUUCAAUCAUCAGAAGCAAAUUUGUUUCCGUUUCUCAUCUGGGUUUGAUGGAGAAGCCGACCAAAGCAUCGCAAUCGUCUUCCACGAAGGUCGCCUCUUCGGUUUUGCCGUAUCAGACCCCUAGGCUCAGAGAUCAUUACCUUCUUGGGAAGAAACUUGGGCAGGGUCAAUUUGGAACAACGUACCUUUGCACUCAUCGAGCCACAGGGGACCUUUAUGCCUGCAAAUCAAUCCCCAAACGCAAACUGCUGUGCAAAGAGGAUUAUGAGGAUGUUUGGAGGGAGAUUCAGAUCAUGCACCAUUUGUCCGAACAUCCUAAUGUUGUUCAGAUCAAGGGGACUUAUGAGGAUUCUGUGUUUGUGCACUUGGUGAUGGAGCUUUGUGCCGGUGGGGAGCUUUUUGACAGGAUUUUGCAAAAGGGUCAUUACAGCGAGAGAGAAGCGGCCAAGCUUAUUAAGACAAUUGUUGGAGUGGUCGAGACUUGCCACUCUCUUGGGGUUAUGCAUAGGGAUCUUAAGCCCGAGAAUUUUUUGUUUGACAAUCCUGGCGAAGAUGCUAAGCUGAAGGCCACGGAUUUUGGGCUCUCUGUUUUUUACCAGCCAGGAAAUUCUUUCCGUGAUGUAGUUGGUAGCCCAUAUUAUGUUGCUCCCGAAGUGCUCCGUAAGCACUAUGGGCAUGAGGUUGAUGUAUGGAGUGCAGGUGUUAUCCUUUACAUCCUACUGAGUGGUGUUCCACCUUUUUGGGCAGAAACUGAUUCAGGAAUCUUCAGACAGAUUCUAUAUGGCAAGCUAGAUUUCAACUCUGAGCCAUGGCCCAACAUUUCAGAUAGCGCAAAAGAUUUAAUUAGGAAAAUGCUCACAAGGGAUCCAAAGGAGAGAAUCUCUGCCCAUGAAGUUCUUUGUCAUCCAUGGAUUGUAGACGACACAGUUGCCCCCGACAAGCCUAUAGACUCUGCAGUUUUGUCUCGGCUAAAGCAGUUCUCAGCUAUGAAUAAGCUGAAGAAGAUGGCUCUACGUGUCAUAGCAGAAAGACUGUCUGAAGAAGAAAUUGGUGGCUUGAAGGAAUUGUUUAAAAUGAUCGACACUGAUAACAGUGGGUCCAUAACAUUUGAAGAGCUUAAAGCAGGGCUGAAAAAAGUGGGCUCUGAACUCAUGGAAUCUGAUAUCAAGUCUCUUAUGGAUGCGGCUGAUAUAGACAACAGUGGAACCAUAGACUAUGGAGAAUUCCUUGCAGCUACAUUGCACCUAAAUAAGAUAGAGCGAGAGGAUAAUUUAGUUGCCGCCUUCUCCUAUUUUGACAAAGAUGGUAGUGGUUAUAUCACCAUUGAUGAGCUUCAACAGGCUUGCAAAGAGUUUGGUUUGGGCGAUGUCCAUUUGGAUGAGAUAAUCAAAGAAAUUGAUCAAGAUAAUGAUGGUCGUAUCGACUACGAGGAAUUUGCCGCGAUGAUGAGGAAAGGCGAUGGAGGUGUCGGGAGAAGUAGAACUAUGAGAAGCAACUUGAACUUCAAUUUGGCUGAUGCUUUUGGAAUAAAUGACAAAUCUUUAGCAAACUAACAGGGGAUGCUGCUGCCUAGGUUUUGUAAUUUGUAUAGUUGGCUAACUGUUAAAGUGCAGAAAUAUAUUCCAUAGCUUCAUGACUAAGAGCUUUUGAUUUUGAUUUUUGCUUUGAAAUAUGCCUUUUCCGAUUCUUGAAGUUCUUAAAUGCUGAGGGCUCUGAAUUUUCUUGACAUUGCAUGUGAAUUUCAAGAAUGUUCAUUCAUUUUCGAGUUAAAUGAGGUCCAAAGAAGAAGUCAUGCCAUAAA